GCCAUCCCCAAUCCACGACCUGCAAUCCAAAGUCGAACCCCACCUCGCCCAGAUCCACUCGUCUCCGGUCGCCCUCGCGCGCGCGUCAGCCACCCGGCGGCAAACUCGCUCCCCUUCGUCUCCGAUCAAUGGAGAACGGUGGCCGCCUCGCCGCCGGCGCGCACUGGAUAGCGGCGACACCUCCUAACUUCCGCGCCGGGGUGGUCCAGAGGAUAAUGGAGAAUCUGUCCCAAUCACCCAAAGGCCAUGAGCUCGACGACUUCAAACUCCACAAGGCUGCUUCCGGGUAUGAGGCCAGGGUAUUCAGCGAGUCUGGCAACGCGCAAGAUUACCUCAGGACAAUCAGCAAGAAGAUGAUGGAUCUUCAGCAAAGGUGGCAACCAGGUGUGCAGGCUGCUUCAGACAUUCAGCAGCAGCAGCAGCAGGCGCAGAUGGGAGGACACCAGAUGCGGCCUGUCCAUGCAGUUCUAGCUAAUUCUUCUGGGGCUACGAUGCCAUCGCAGACGGCGUCAGCGAUUCCUCCUCUUCCUGUUAGGCCACCUCAGCUGCAAAACAUGCAUGGCAGGGUUAAUCAAGCACAACCAGGAAAACUCCCCCCAGCGGCACCGGUUGGCCAGCCUCAUCCAUGCCAUCCGACAGUAGUAAAUCAGACUCCCACUCAGUGCCAGCCCAGGCUUAGCUCUACACAGCAGCCAGAGCCCAGGUUGACGAGGAUGAAUCAGCAAGAUUUGAGGGUGGAACAACGGCAGAGUUACGAAACACAAAAUGGACAGCCCGCCAGUGUCGCCAUGGUGCAGAAUACGCAGUGCAACCAGCAAUCCGGGAACCCUGACCCGGCGGGAGGAGUGGAUUGGAGGGAGGACAUGUUUCAGAACAUCACAUCCCUCAAGGAUGCCCACUUGUCGGAGCUCGUGGGAUUCGCCCGAUAUUUGCAUUCAUGUGUCCUUCAGAUGAAAACAAACGGAAAGCUCGAGUCGUUAUCUAAAGAGCAAGUAGUCCAAUGCAGAUACGCGCACCAUACCAUGGAAAGGAUCAAACAAGUGGUGAACUUCCUGCAGACUCAGAAAACCAAGAUACCCGAGGGCGCCAAGGGUCAGCUGGACGCGUGGCAAAUCGCCAUACAGGAUUUGCUGAGUAACUACAAGGCAAUUAAAGCACGUACUGCUGCCAAGAACACCCAGCAUCAGUCGCAGAACUGUCGCGAGCCGACACCUCAGGUUGUAAACACCAGUGGUGCCAAAGAUGAUAAUGUCCAGCAGAAUCAUCAUGAGCAACAUGCAGACGAGGCUUUAUCGCACUCUUCACAAAACGCUCCCUCUGGAACUCCACUCACUCAGCAAGAAAACCAUAGCGACAACUUGACAGAUGAAGCAGAGGAUAAUACACCAGUGCAAGAUGAAGCUGAAUCAGCGGUGGCCGUCAAUAUUCCUGCCGAUACGGCAGCAUUCACCGGUGGAACAUGUAGCCAGAAAAUACAACAACGGAGUCCAGCAGAUGAAUCAGUUCCCCAGCAGCUGACACAGACCGCUGAACCUGCUGUAGCUUCACCGGCUCAGCAACAAACACACAGCGCCCACACAGCGCCCGUCGAAGCAGAGGACGACUUGGAGCGGGCUGAAGCUGAAAGUCCUGUCGACAUGGAGGCGCUGAUCAAGCGCGGAGUCAACGCAGGGAGGUCUUUGUCACCAGCGGCGCUUGGCAGCUUAGCCAGUGAUAUGGGGGUGAACUUGAAGCGCGUGAGGUUUGACGAGGAGUACAGUGGGAAAAGCGGCUACAAGAGGCAGAAAAUGUGCUACGGCACUCUGCUGGAAGAGAUCAGAGCCACUUACAACAUGCUGGUCGAGACUGAGAUCAGGAUCAGCGAGGAAGACACAGGAGGGGCGGACGGGACCGUGAUCGAGCUCUGCUACAACGCCGUGUCGCUUACAGCGGACCUGAGUGCAGCUAUCUGCGCGUCUGAGAUAACGACGAAGCUGCUCGUCCCCGCCGAUUACCCCAAAACCUCUCCCAUGAUUCUCGGCGGCGACGGCGGACGGAGGAACGGUGUUCCAGGGGUGGUGGACAUGGCAUUUCGACGUGCCCUUGGCCUGCUCCCGGAGCCCAGGUCGAUCGAGGGGAUGGCCAAGGCGUGGGACUCCAUAGUGCGGAGGUCUGUCGUGCAGUUUGCUCAUCGGUUCGGCGGAGGAAUGUUCAGCACGAGGUACGGCGGACGGGAGAGCUGCAUCCCAGUCUGAAGAGGGAACCAAUAUAUGUGCGCGUACAUGGAAUCCAAACAUCAUGUAUUCAUGUAUAGAUCCCAGAGGAACUUCAUAGCUGGAAGCCCAAGCCCCUAAGCCAGGAUGAAACGUGUAGAUUAUAGCUACUUCUUGUAGUAGAACCAAAAGUUAUUCUUUGAACCUUCAUCCAUUUGGCCAGUAGAGAAACUGUCUUGUACGUAGGAUCAUGCACUCAUGUGUAUAUAAUUGUGAGAGAAAUGUAUUGUAGUAUUUGUCAUGUUA